AUUCCAGUUAAUAUUCUACCCACUCAACUCAAGGUUUUCUAGCUUCAUACAAACAGAGCUUUUGCCUUCAACUAAAACUUCCUACAAAAAUAUGGCAAUCAGUAUGGGACACAUCCUCCGUGGUAAACAAGGCCUCAGAAGGUCCUCUUCAAGAACAAACAGAGAGAGUGAGGUUCCUAAGGGUCACUUUGCAGUUUAUGUAGGCAAGAGCGAGAAGAAGCGCUUUGUCAUUCCAGUUUCAUACUUGAAAGACAACUCAUUCCAAGAAUUGCUAAGUCAAGCUGAAGAAGAGUUUGGCUUUGAUCAUCCCAUGGGUGGACUCACAAUACCUUGUCCGGAGGAUACCUUCAUCGACAUCAUAUCUAGUAUGAGUAGAUCUAGAUAGACUUUAGACAAAAUCGUAGGUUAUAUAGUUAGUCAGUAGAACAACUUUGGAGAGCGAAUUAUUCUUGUACAGAGUUCUAUCUCUUUUCCUCUUGAUAUUAGAACAUGCAUUUAUAUUUAUAGUUAGUCAGUAGAACAACUUUGGCAAUUAGAACAUACAUUUAUAUUUAUCAGCACUUUAUCAUUCAUUGCUUAUCGUGAACACCUUCAAGUUGUAAAACAAGAAGUCUAAUUAUUCAAUAUAUCUCCAAAGAUUAGGAAACUAA